AUGGCAGCCCCAAAGGAAGCAGCUGUGGGGCCGUUGGUCGGGGCGGUGGUCCAGGGCACCAACUCCACUCGCUUUCUGGUUUUCAAUUCAAAAACAGCAGAGCUCCUAUGUCAUCAUCAAGUGGAAUUAACACAAGAGUAUCCGAAGGAAGGAUGGGUGGAGCAGGACCCCAAGGAGAUCCUCCAGUCUGUCUAUGAGUGCAUCGCAAGGACCUGCGAGAAACUCGUCGAAGUGAAUAUUGACAUCUCCAACAUAAAAGCCAUCGGUGUCAGCAACCAGAGGGAGACCACCGUGGUCUGGGACAAGCUCUCGGGAGACCCUCUCUACAACGCCGUGGUGUGGCUGGAUCUCCGAACCCAGUCGACGGUGGAGAUCCUGAGUAAAAAGAUCCCAGGAAACAAUAACUUCGUCAAGUCCAAGACGGGCCUGCCCCUGAGCACUUACUUCAGCGCCGUGAAGCUUCGCUGGCUGCUAGACAACGUGACCAAGGUCCAGAAGGCAGUGGAGGAGGGCAGGGCUCUUUUUGGUACCAUUGAUUCGUGGCUCAUCUGGAGUUUGACGGGAGGAGUCAACGGCGGCGUCCACUGCACCGAUGUCACCAACGCCAGCAGGACCAUGCUGUUCAACAUCCAUUCUCUGGAAUGGGAUAAGGAGCUCUGUGACUUUUUUGAUAUCCCCAUGGAGAUUCUCCCCAAAGUCUGGAGUUCUUCGGAGGUCUACGGGCAGAUGAAGAGUGGCGUGUUGGAGGGCGUGCCUAUCUCUGGAUGUCUGGGGGACCAGUCGGCCGCGUUAGUGGGACAAAUGUGCUUCCAGGAAGGGCAAGCCAAGAACACGUAUGGAACCGGCUGCUUCUUACUAUGCAACACAGGCCGAAAGCGUGUCUUUUCCGAGCAUGGCCUUCUGACCACCGUGGCUUACAAACUGGGCAAAGACAAGCCGGUGUGUUACGCACUGGAAGGGUCUGUCGCGAUAGCCGGCGCGGUGAUUCGUUGGCUCAGAGACAAUCUGGAAAUUGUAAGCACCUCCGAUGAAAUUGAAACCCUCGCUAGAGAAGCAGGUACCUCUUACGGCUGCUACUUCGUCCCGGCCUUUUCCGGGUUGUACGCGCCCUACUGGGAACCCAGUGCGCGGGGAAUCAUCUGUGGCCUCACUCAGUUUACCAAUAAGUGUCAUAUCGCCUUUGCUGCCCUGGAAGCGGUCUGUUUCCAAACCCGAGAGAUUUUGGAUGCUAUGAACCGCGACUGUGGAAUUCCACUCAGUCAUUUGCAGGUAGACGGAGGGAUGACCAACAAUAAAAUCCUCAUGCAACUACAAGCAGAUAUUCUGCAUAUUCCAGUAAUUAAGUCUGUCAUGCCUGAAACAACUGCACUGGGCGCUGCCAUGGCUGCAGGAGCUGCAGAAGGAGUAGGUGUUUGGAGCCUGGAACCUGAGGAUUUGACUGCAGUCAUGAUGGAACGGUUCGAACCACAGAUCCAGGCCACAGAGAGUGAAAUUCGUUAUUGCACAUGGAAGAAAGCUGUGAUGAAGUCAAUGGGGUGGGUCACAGCUCAGUCUCCUGACUGUGGCGAUCCCAGUAUUUUCUCUAGUCUGCCCUUGGGUUUUUUCAUAGUGAGCAGCAUGAUAAUGUUAAUUGGAGCAAGACACCUCUCAGGUUUAUUAGACUAA